CUGCUCAUGCUUCUGCAAUCGCACAGCAUAAAUUCGCUAUCCUUCAUCGAAACAUCAACAACUUCCAUCGGUUCCGUUUGUGCCUUCUGCUGUUGUUCCUGAAUUUAUUUUGAAAGUGGUUUCCUUUUGUAUAGUGCAAGAAAAGUCACCAAAAUGGAUUUAUCAAGUUGGACGCCGGAAUACUUUGCCACCAAUGAGAGUUUAUGCCUGGAGCAGCUCAGCAAACCGGAAAUACGUUCCCAGAUUCCGCUGCUGAACUGCACUCCGUUGCACGAAGUCGUGGACAAUGCGCUGGUUCGUUUUCGCGGCAUGAUUCAGGACAUGCAGGACCCAGAAUGUUAUUUGGAACGCUACGAUGUGCGGAAGAAGGAUGAUGGAUCGCUGAUCAGGGUUCAGAGUGGCAAGUACCGGGAUGUUUUGGCCAUGAAUAAGGACGAGGAAACAGUUGAUUUCCAAGCCGGAAGCAACAAGUAUGGAGAACGGAGAUCUAUGUUUGUCAUUUCGAUACCCGGGUAUAAUUAUUGGGCUGUGGAAUGUGAAGAGAAAAUGAAUCCAACAAGUCGGUUAAAUAGUGAAGGUCAAGUUUCGGAAAGGUCAUCGACCAAGCGAUCCCACGGUGAAGAUAGCGAAAUGAUGGAAACUGAUGAAUCAGGCGAAGGCGAGAGUGUGUUCAAGAAACCAAUGUUGCCCGUGGAACAAAGCACAACAGUUCAGCAGCCAUGUUCAUCGAAAACCACGCUUAAUUCCGGAAAAGGAUCAAAAUUUCUAUCAGCAGAGUAUCUGUUAAACUCUCCCAUCCCGGAUCGACCCAGUAAGGCAAGUCUGGUGAAGCUUUAUUCCAAUUAUGAUGAUUGUUCCUUGAAUAGUUUAGUGGAUGUUGUCGGAUUUCUCUCCGUUGACCCAGCUCUGGAUGGGAGCACUGAUCAGGUGGAAGAAUUCGAGGAUGAAAUGUCCGAACAUCAGGCCACCAAUCCCCCGCCUUCUCUUAUCCCUCGUAUUCAUGCCAUCAGUUUCCAAGAGUUGCGACACUUGAACCCACUUCUGGAACCUUAUUGCGAAUCCACGAGUUCCCCUGAGGCCAACGACAUUUGGAAAGACAUUCAGAACCUUCUGACGCAAUGUUUGUUCGAGGAUAAAGUGGCGGCCGAUUAUCUACUGUGCCAUUUGAUAUCGACGGUUUAUGUGCGGAACGAAAUCGAAUCGUUAGGGCAUUUCAGUCUAAAUCUAAGCAACAUCCCGUCGGAGGUGUUGCCCGAUUACACCAAGGGGCUAUACGAAAUUAUGGAGCUUCUGUUGCCAGCCAGCCAUUACUUUCCUAUGACGCUAGAGAAUAUGAAUACAAUGCAGUUUGUACCCAAAAAAGAUUACACCACAAACAAAUUGACGAGUGGAUUGCUGCAACUCGCACCGCACACGCAUCUACUGCUCGAUGAGACCAAACUUCAGACCGGUAAGCUGGAAAGUACCGGAGUAGAGGCAGUUCAAAGUAUUGCACAUCUCAUCAAAACGCAGAAACUCAAAUACAACUUUCAAUUUUAUCAGCUGGAAUUCAAUUCUGACGUACCUGUGUUAGUGCUGAGUGAAGGAAAAAGCAUGCUUCCGACCAACUUUUGUUUUCCCCUGGCACCGGAUGUGGACGCAAUCAAAAUGAUCGGCGAAACGCUUAAAGCUGGCAAGCACUUUAUCCAGCCUAAGCUGAUCGAAAUGCGCAAAUUUCUCACCCGGCAGCGGAUACAGGAGUUCGACAUGAAGAACUUUAACCCGGAGAUCAUCCAGAACGAUUUCGUUCAGAUGCGGAAGGAGAACGACGCGUCGGCCGACGAUUUGCACUCGCUGUUGGUGUUGGCUCGACUGUUGGGGCUAUCCCGGGGCAAAAGUACGAUGGAUCAAGAGUGCUGGGAGUAUGCGAAGCAACUCGAGCAAGAACGAAAAAACCGAUUGGAAAUGCUUGCCAAACGGAGAAAUGAGAUGUAGUGUACAUAUGAUCCAAAACUCUAUCGUUUUCUUUUUUUAAAUAUAUGUUACUCUUUUUAAUUA